AUGGUGAUUAUUACUAAAGGUUUCACUCUUUUCCUUCAUUUAGUUCUUUUAUCUUUCUUUUAUCUUUAUUUGGUUUCUUUUCGUGAAAGUGUAAGUGGCUUUACUGUCGAUCUUAUCCACCGUGAUUCUCCUCUUUCACCUUUUUAUGACUCAUCAAAUACUCCAUAUGAACGGCUUCGAAAUGCCGUCCAUCGAUCAUCCUCCCGGGCUUCCUUGUUUAAGAAAACAUGUGUUAGCCCAAUCCAAUCGACUCUUACUGCAAGCGAUGGUGAAUACCUCAUGAAAAUCUCAAUUGGAACUCCCCCGGUAGACGCUUUUGUCAUUCUUGACACUGGUAGUGACUUGACAUGGAUACAAUGUGAGCCUUGUGUUGAAUGCUUCAAACAGUUAAGACCCAUUUUCAAUCCCAAGAAUAGCUCUUCUUACAAAACAAUUAGCUGUAAUACUAAACUUUGUCAACAAGUAUGGUCUCCGACUCCAUGUAACAAUAAUACAUGUAAUUAUAAAGUGACUUAUGCUGAUGGAUCCGCUACAUUAGGUGAUCUUUCUGUUGAAACUUUCAGAUUUUCUUCUACUUCUGGUAAACAUGUCUCAAUUCCUAAAAUUGCCUUCGGUUGUGGACAUAACAAUAGUGGAUUCUCUAAUACCACUUCUGGCCUCAUUGGAUUAGCUGGUGGCGAUGUCUCAAUUGUUAACCAAAUACAUCAAGAAAUCAAAGGGAAAUUCUCAUAUUGUUUGAUUCCAAUGGAAUUAUUAUCAAUUGAUUCCAAUGCAACUAGUCACAUCAGUUUUGGUGACAAUGCGGUUGUGUCUGGUCCUGGAGUCAUUUCAACUCCCUUGAUACCGGGACAAAGUUUAUAUUAUCUAACUUUGGAAAGUAUUAGCAUUGGAAACAAGAUUUUGCCAUUCAAAUCUUCUAAAAUUAGUUCCAACACUCAAGGUAAAAUUUUAAUCGAUUCAGGUACAUUACUUAGGUAUUUCCCUCACGAAUUUUACGCGAAAUUGGAGAAAACAUUGGUGGCUUCGAUUAAUGCUACUAGAAAACACGACACGUCAGGGUUUUUUAAUCUAUGUUACGCCUCUAAGAAUGAUAUUAUCAAUGCUCCUAAGAUUGUCGCACAUUUUGCAAAUGCAGAUGUAGAGUUGUCGCCAGCGAAUGUAUUUACACAACUGGAUGAAGGUUUGAUUUGUCUUACAAUUGUGCCUGAUGAGGCAAUGGCUAUUUUUGGGAACUUGGCACAGGCAAAUUUCUUAAUUGGGUAUGAUCUUGUGGCUAAACAAGUUUCAUUCUUGCCUAAAGAUUGCACGAAGCAUUAAGGAUUUUAGUUGCGGAUGGGGGUUGACAAGUUAUAUAUUUACUUAUACA